CAUUAAAUGUCUCCUCAUUAAUUACAGCCCUCCCCAAAAAUUUCCAAAUUUCACACCCUGGAAUCUCACUUUCACAGCCCAAAAUACAAAAAAAAAAAAAGAAAAUGACAACACCACCAGGGGAAAAACAAGAACAAAUUCAACCUCCAACACACAAAAUGCAAAAAAGAUCCCAACUUUAUUUCCACCCAUUCAAGACCCUCAUUUUCUUGAUUCUUUUCAGCCAAAUCCAAAUGAAAAUUUGCUGUGGGGUUUCAGUUUUUGACCUUAAAUCAGUUAAAGAUAGUAACUUUGAGCAAAUGGGGAAAAGGGGUUGUGUUGAAAAGCUUAAAGAAUGUUCAACAAUGGUGAAUGAAGAAGAAAAUUUGAUGGAUAGUGAAAGUAAUAGAAGAGUUUUGUUGAUGCAAAAAAAGUACAUUAGUUAUGGUACAUUGAGAAGAGAUUUGGUGCCUUGUAAUACACCUGGUGCUUCAUAUUAUAAUUGUAAACCACCUGGUGCAGCUAAUACUUAUAAUAGAGGUUGUGAGAUUAUUACAAGGUGUGCUAGGGAGAUCAGUGAUAUCAAAUCUUGAUUUUUGGAAGAAACUUUAUGCAAUGAAAUUGGUAAAGUUCUAGUCUUUUGUGCUUUUGAAUAUUAAUUUAGUUAUGUUGGGACUGUGGUGGUGGGGGGAGGGGGAGUUUUUGCUAAUGUUGUAUACUACAAAAUCUAUGUAACCAGAAUGUACCAUAUCAAGUACAAAUUCUGCUCAUGCCAAAUAUUUUUUUGGCUCUAUGUAUA